AUGGUGAGGCGCACUAGCCCUUCGCACCCCGCCAAUCCUUCACUCGUCCUCGCUGUCCUUCUUACAGUAGAAUCCAGCCGAGGCUCGAGCCUCGUCUUUCGCUGGCCGCCAAACCCGUCGCUGUCGAAACGCCAUUCUCAGGUCCGAUACUAUAGGACGAAUGACGAUGCUGGUCAAGCGUCGGAAGAUCUGCCGGAUCGCCAGCAGCGCCCAGAUGCUCAAGCUGCCGCUCUGAGGAAACCAGUAUCGAGCAGCACGUCCAGAGGCAGGGCAGGCCAAGGCGAAGAGGGAAGAAAGCAACGCGGCGCAGGUGAUGUGAGAGGCACACUAUCUUCGACAGACUCCCGCUCCGCUCAGCAACGCGAGGAUGCCAGGGAAAAGGCGAUGAGAGAGGAGGCUGGAAGCGCUAGCGAUACUAGUGCCAGCAGCUCAGCGAUGGACAGUCAAGGCCACAGCGAUGGUGACAUAUCCUUCGACUCGGAAGAGUGGCUGCCAUCUCUGCGCUCGAGGACCUCGAGCACAGGCGCUGAGAAUGCAACAGUCGCUAACAGAGCAAAAGAGCCGCAUGAUGGUCUUGGAGCAGAGUCUGCUGUGGAUGCCGACUCGGACAGUGCCAGCGUCGAUGGCCUGGGUGCUGCUGCACGUGGUUCUGCAAGGGAUAGCAGGACUAGAAGAAGGGUGCCCUCUUCGUCUGCCAUACCUGCACCAUCCUCGUCACCACGCCAAGGCCCCGCUCGUUCCAGCUCCCGCGCUCGUGGUCGUGGGGGAGCAUCGGGACCGCUGAGAGACGUCUUAGACCCCGCCUCUGCCGCGAGCUCCCAAGAGCGGGCGGAAGAUCGGGCUGUCCAGCGCGCCAAGCGCCAAGCGAGGGCAUACACUACUUACUUGGGCUAUCAAGAGGCCUUCCUCGCCUCGCUGCUCUCACCGCAUAGAGACGCUUGCCAUGCUCGUUUCGAGCUCACAGUGGACGAUGUCGCCUUCGUCGGUCAUCCUGUGUGCGCUGACGCAAGCGCAAAUUGGGGGGACGUGCCGGACGAUGCGAUUCAAAGGCCAGCAGGACAACCUCGGCGUCAAUCCCACAGCCCUGUCCGAGGGCGUGCGCCUCGCGCUGAGGAGAACAUGCUGACGGCGGAAGGCGCCGCUCGUGAGGUAGCCUCUGAGGAGCACGUUCAAACUUCAGAGGACGCUGGUAGCGAGUCGCGCCUGCCAUCGGAUUCGAAGCGAGGAAGAGAUGCAGCAUCCACUUUGAGCUCUCAACUCAACUCCAACGCGGUUUCAAGCGGCCAGCAUCGAAGCGGCAUCACAGCCUUCCACCUUGUGCUGGUGCUAGAUCGUCCUGAUCCUUCUGCAGAUAUGCCGCAGCUAGACACGUCAACUUGGUCGGCAAUGUUUCACGACGCCGUUUGCUUCAAAUUGACAGCAGCUCUUUGGGCUGAACAAGUCAGAUGCGGCUAUGUAGCAAGCGAGAGCGAGCACCUGUUGAGCUUGAGAGAGACAUGCAGAGAUCGUGGUGAGUCCGCAUUGCAGUUCAUCUAUUCGGGCUUUCCGACUCCCGUAUUCGCAUUCGCUACGGACCCGAGCUCUGAUCUAGAGGGCGUGCAGCCGCUUCAUUGAGACCGUGCAUCCAUGGGAGUGAGUCGCAUCGUCAUGCUGACCGCAACUUCCUUGCGAAACUCCACAGGUGACACCUUCAACUCCUACGUCUCUUCAGCGCUACGUUCGUCGUCCCUCGCUCGCCUGCUUCGGUCGCUCUACACUUCAUUGUCCCGAGGAGAAAAUGCUUUCGUCUCGAUUAAUGACAACAUAGAAGCUCAUCUUCAACUCCCCCCUCUUCUACGCUCUCAUGGAGCUAAACUUAGCCGCCUUCGCGAAGUGGAGACCUGUUUGGAUCCUAACGAUCACCUGCUAGCAGCUGGAGCAGGUGGCAGGUGGGGUGGAAGUGGUGACGCGUGGGACGAAGCCAGCAGGGCCACUGGCCCACUGUUGCUACCGUGGAAAACUCUACUUUUGUCAGAAUCUGCUGGCCUCGGUCGGGACCCAGCGAGCAGUGAUGAUGAGAGCGACUCGCCUGUCAUGAGGGGCGACGGUAUUGAAGGAUGGGCGAAGCGCUUCACCGCGUACCUCAAGCCUACCCUUGCAGGGGUGCCCACGUAAGUCGAUGGUACGUGCACACGAAUUGCGAGAAAAGGGGCAUCGGUGCGCUGAUAGUAUCUCGGUCUUUUCGACGUUCAGCUUUGGCGAACUGGCAGACUUGCUCGCAUGGGAUUUGUACGACGACGUCUUUCCGAUGGUGAGACACUUGAUCUACUACCGCGAUGCGCGAGUGGUGGAUGUGCCACGCAUCCACAGCAUGUACGCCAUCUCGCCACUCUUUUACCUUCGCAAGUGAGUCGAUGCCCCCUUCAAUCCAUGGUGGUGCUUGACCUGUACCACUGCUCAUGUUUGUUUUGCGACACUCUCGAUACAUAGCCUGCCACGUUUAUCGACGUCGUGGCACCGCGCUUUCCCCAAUGAGCCUUCCUUGCCCGCAUUUCUUUCCACUUUCUCUGCCUCUCUGAGGCCAUUUGCCGUCAACUUUGGCCGCAACCAGCGUCAGACCGCUUUCGACGCUCUCGUCUGGCUCCUGAGACACGAUGUCAUUGUGCAGAUGCACGCAAGAUUGAGGCUGGUAGCGACGGAGGAGAUCAAGCGCGAUGCAGCGCGACGACGAGCUGCGUUGCGCCAUGCUAGGGCGACGAAACGGCAGCAGAAGGGCUUCCAACGGGCUCGCGAGAACACUCAAGCUUCCGACGUGACGUUUCUCACUGGUGUCAAUAGCUUUCACGAGGCAGCGGCUCCAGUUGGCGGCGCUCCCGUUCAGAGUGGGAUGGCACAGGUACUUGCAAGAGGCAACGCUUACCAUCGAGGCGAUGGGGUCCAAGCCGACCCUGAACCUACCAAUAACACCCAGCCGACAGGAGAAGACGUCACAGUGCAGCCAAAAGGUAGAACAGGUUCGGUCUCAAGCCGAGUGGAGAGCUCGCGAACAACUUCUCUCUCUCCAUUGACGAGUUUUUCAGCUCUCAAGGAAUCUUCCACUGCCUCCGCGCGCUAUAUUGAUGAGCUAAGAUUCGAGCGACGACGCAUUCCCCGCUCAAGAAGUCCAUCGCGAGCGAUCGGCUUGGUUGGAGACGAUGUUCGCACACAACUCAGCUUCAGCAGCGAAGCAAGCUCGUCCGCUGUGCCCGCAAUGAAGACGGUUGCAAACACGUCGCGUCCAAACACACCCAGAGGCCGAGCGCUCAGCAUUCGUCAGGAACAUCUUCACUCGGAUGCUUUUACACCAAACAGCUCGUCGAGUCUGGGCAACGUGGACAAUGCUACGCGCAUAGCGUCUCGAUCGCCAAGUCGCGCUCGCAUGCGUAUCACGGGAUUCGGUCAAGAUGAAGAGGUUCAGAUCGACGAUUCAGGCGGCUCACAAGAGGCUGGUGCAUCUAUGCAGAAAUCAGGCGGAAAGGGUGACGGGCCCUUGCAGGUCCCGUUUCAAUAUCUGAAUCGAGCUGGUGACGAAGCUCGUAGAUUGAGCUUAGUUGGAGAAGAAGCUUCCACGCGAGACUCACCAGCUCUUGAGCGCAAUAACGGCGGGUGCUCGACGGUCGAGCCUUCUGUGGCGACUUCACGAGAGCAGCUGGACUCCGUGGCACCUGAUCAAGGGACUUCACGGCACGAGGGAGAUCAUGACCGCUCUUCUCCAAGGGGCUCUGAAGCCAACGACAGUCUCGAGAGCGAAGUAAGCGAGUCCCAAUACUCGCUGGACCUCGAACAGUGGGAAAUUGAUCCUAUGCCUAGCAUCAUACCUGAGCCUGGUAGAGCAAGUGCCGAGGAGAACGAAUGGAUUGAGAGCAUGCUAAAUCGUCAGCAAGAAGAGUGGAUCGUCGAAUGGUUCCGAAAGUGAGUGUACAGCAGACGAUCACUCACUGCGCAGCGGUUCAUCCGUGUUGACUGCAUGGAAUUGCCACGGCACGUUUCGCUUCGCAGACUUUUACCGUAUAUGAAUGGACGCCACACCAUCGACGAGAUAGUGUACAGGGAGGAGAUGAGACGCAGGGAACUGAAGGCCGUACUGGCCGCGUUCAAGGAUGAGAUGAUCCACUUCGUACACCCGUAA